AUGUUCCGAGAAUAUCUUAAAGAGAUUGGUGUUCAUCACCAGUCGACUGCACCGUAUACGACCCAAGAGAACCCCACAGAGCGUGUAAAUCGCACAGUUAAGACAAUGAUCGCACAAUACACCGGAUCAAAUCAAAAGACAUGGGACGAGGUACUUCCAGAAAUACAAUUGGCCAUAAACACGGCAAAAUCCGACACAACGCAGUAUAGCGCCGCCUUUUUAGUUCAAGGAAGAGAACCGAGACUCCCCACCGCGCUGUAUGAUGAAGUCACACCAGGAACAGGUACUGCAGAUCGCAACCCACAAGAAAGAGCAGAUAUGCUAAAACACAUUUUUAGCCUAGUCAGGAAAAAUUUAGUUAAAGCAGCCAAAGACCAAGCACGUUACUAUAAUCUGCGACGCAGAAAGUGGAACCCUAAGGUUUGA